AUGGAAAACUCCACACCGAACCGCACGACGUACGUAUCGGAUUACUUUGCGAAUCUGAACGAAAUCUCCAAAAAGAUCGCGCUCGACAUCGACGAGAUUCGCGGCGCGUACGAACACAUCUGGGACGAUCUGAGCCGCGAGGAGCAGAUGGAAAUCGUGAACGAAACGAUCAUCAAACCGGAAUUGGCGUUGAAGUACUUUGACAAUUUCUCCACAUCGACCGAUUCGCUGCAGCGAAUCCUUGGUACCGAUGAUGACGACGCCACCGGAGAGGAAGAUCGAAAUGCCAAUCUGUACGACGGCAAACGUUUGCAGACUUUCCAGUAUGUGCGAACUGGGCGCAAGCUAGUGACAGACGACAGUGCGGGACCUUAUCGGGACGAACAUUCGGCUCCUUUUUCGCACAAAACCAAAAGUCAAAUAAAUUUGACCAUCUUUCCACCGGAAAAGGAUGGUAAGGAGACGGACAAAUCGGAUACCGGUGGAAAGGCAGCGGGACUGCUGGCGAAAAAGUUGCUGCUCAAGUCACCGAAAUCGGACGAUACAGGCGGAUUGGCGAAAGGCAAGGGAGCGCUUGUGAAGGGAAUGUCUAAAGGGCACGAAGAACUAUCGAAAGAGCUGCCGGCGUACGAUAGCGAGCAGAACAUCAUCCUGACGGAAGAAGCGUACGGUACGAAGGCAACCGGAGCGGGCUUUUUGAGUAAGUUUAACAAUCUCAUCUUUAACCAAGCACCGAUGGAAAUGACGACGGCAGCAUCGGCUGCUUCGAUCAACGGUAGCGACGAGAUCGAUGGUACGCUCGAACAGGACGAGUUCGAUACCGAUAACGAUAAGGUAAACCUAUUCACCAAGAGCUCCAAAAACGAGUGCCUUCACCGUGCGCAAUCGUCCUCGGUUGAGGAGGACGAUAAGAACUACGACGAGCUGAACAGCUUGCUCGGCAACAGCAAAGGGUUCGAUUUUCUGAACAACUGGUAA